UGAGAAUGUGUCAAAAAUAAAAUGGUUGGCAAUAGAAAAUAAGUAGGUUGACUACUACUGUUUGUUUGUUUGUACCUAUAUGCUUUUAAAAGAAAGAAGUGAGGAAGUAAGCAUAGAUAGAGAGAGCCAUAGAGUGGUGUCAUUUUGUGCAUUUAGUCUUUGAGAGACACAGAGAGAGAGAUAUGGGCACAAUUGGCCACACAAGCUCCCUUAGAGCAGUGCAUGAAGAAAGCAUUAAAGAAGCUCAAGUCUUUUCCACCACCCACCAUCACAAACAACAACAACAACAACAUCUUGAUGCUGGUGCUCUUUUUGUUCUCAAAUCCAAAGGGUCAUGGUGGCAUAGCGGCUAUCAUUUGACAACAUCCAUUGUUGCGCCACCGUUGUUAAGUCUACCAUUUGCGUUUGCUUCGCUAGGCUGGGCCACUGGAAUAUUGUCGUUGGUGAUUGGGGCAUUGGUGACUUUCUAUUCAUAUAACCUUAUUUCUCUCGUCCUUGAACACCAUGCCGAGUUGGGUCACCGCCAUCUUCGGUUUCGUGACAUGGCAUAUGACAUCUUAGGCCCAAGAUGGGGUAGAUAUUACGUGGGCCCAAUACAAUUCAUGGUGUGCUAUGGUGCAGUUGUAGGGAAUAUCCUUUUGGGGGGCCAAUGCCUCAAGGCAAUAUACGUGUUGUGGAAUCCAAACGGAACAAUGAAGCUUUACGAGUUUGUGGUUAUUUUUGGGGUUUUUAUGUUGAUUUUGGCACAGAUUCCAUCAUUUCAUUCCCUUCGCCAUAUCAACCUCAUAUCUCUACUGCUAUGUCUUAUUUACAGCACAUGUGCCACUGCUGCUUCUAUUUACAUUGGGAAUUCUUCAAAAGGACCCCAAAAGGACUACUCCUUGAGUAGCAAUGAUGAAACUAGAAUUUUUGGAAUAUUCAAUGCAAUGGCAAUUAUUGCCACAACUUUUGGAAAUGGGAUUAUUCCAGAAAUACAAGCGACACUUGCACCCCCGGUUAAAGGGAAGAUGUUCAAGGGACUAUGUGUUUGUUACGCGGUGGUCACAGUGACAUUUUUCAGCGUCGCGAUUUCAGGGUACUGGGCAUUUGGUAAUGAAUCUGCAGGUCUCGUUUUAAGCAACUUUCUUGACCACAAUGGUAACCCUUUGGUUCCAAGAUGGUUCAUUAUGAUGACUAACAUCGUCACCAUACUCCAACUCUCGGCUGUUGCAGUAGUUUACUUGCAGCCAACAAAUGAGAUUCUUGAAAGAGUGUUUGCAGAUCCAACAAGUAAAGAAUUCUCUGCAAGAAAUGUAAUUCCACGACUCCUUUCAAGAUCAAUAUCUGUGAUCUUGGCAACAACCAUAGCAGCAAUGCUGCCUUUCUUUGGAGAUAUUAACGCCAUGAUUGGAGCAUUCGGAUUCUUGCCCCUGGACUUUGUGUUACCUGUGGUGUUUUUUAAUCUGACAUUUAAGCCGUCAAAGCGUAGCCCUUUGUUUUGGUUAAACUCGACCAUAGCGGUGGUUUUCUCAGUGGUUGGAGUUACUGCAGCUGUUGCAGCAGUAAGACAAAUAAGUCUUGAUGCCAAGACUUAUAAGCUAUUUGCUAAUGUAUGAUCGAAUCAUCUUCAUAAAGAGGAUGUUUACCGCACUUUGGCCUAAAUUAUAAUUUCUAGGAAUAUAUAAAUCAGACGUUUAGCUCGCCCUAUAUAUAAUCUUAGGAACGUAAGCUUGUAGUAAACCUUUUCAUAUUUCCUAUAUAUAAGUCAACUUUUUUGAAAA